UGCGCAGUGUGCCAGUUCUCUAGGUGAGUAGAUAUCAGAACAGACAUUCUAAAGAGUUUCUAAAGGAAUGAUUGCUUCCGUCUUUAGACUCACCGCCUGUAUGGUGCCUGACAUAAGCUGGGGACAUUGGAGUUUAACCAAGGCCGGGAGACAAACGUGAGGCGACGUGUGUUUAUGUAAAAACACUACAUUUUAUUUGUCAUGGAAGACAGUGAAGUGACGGCUGGGCGAGCCAUCUCUCUCCGCCCUCUCGACUCAUUUAGCCCGUAUUUCUGGUUAUGCGCUGUUGCGUGCGUAUAUUCCAGCCCAGCCUGCAGUGCUCGCCGUGCAAGAUGGCCGCGGGUGAGAGCAACAGCCGCUCCGCUUGUUUAAACCCGCCCAAUUCGGGCUCGCUGGGCAACGCUCGGCCGAGCAACGGCGCUCACUCGGUGCCCGUCAGCAACCUGGGCUCAGGGUCUGCAGGGUCUGCGGGGAACGCUGAUCCCCAGGCGCCAGGCCUCGACCGCGACACCGCGCUGGUGUCCGCGAGCACAGGGAGCGCGCAGAAUCCUCCGCGGCAGCCUGCGCCUCACAACACGGCGAGCAGGGACGCUCCGCGCGCCGCCUCCAACAUGAACAUGACGGCCACGUCGACGUCCGGCGCGGCGGCGGCAUUAUCUUCAUCAUCCUCAUCGUCCUCGUCAUCUUCCUCAUCAUCUUCAUCUGCGGGCGCGUCCGCAGUCUCGGCCUCUGUCCCCGGCAGCCCAGCCUCAGUGCUCGUGUAUCGUGAACCCGUUUACAACUGGCAGGCGACGAAAAGCACGGUGAAAGAAAGGUUCGCGUUUCUGUUCAACAACGAGGUGCUGAGCGACGUCCAUUUUUUGGUGGGGAAGGGGAUGGGAGUGCAGCGCAUUCCUGCGCACAGAUUUGCCCUCGCCGUUGGGAGUGCAGUGUUUGAUGCCAUGUUUAACGGCGGCAUGGCCACCACAUCCACCGAAAUCGAGCUUCCCGACGUGGAACCUGCUGCUUUUCUGGCCCUCCUUAAGUUUCUGUACUCUGAUGAAGUACAAAUUGGGCCAGAAACAGUGAUGACCACAUUGUACACUGCGAAAAAAUAUGCAGUUCCUGCGCUCGAGGCACAUUGUGUCGAGUUCCUGAAGAAGAACCUACGAGCUGACAAUGCUUUUAUGUUGCUUACCCAGGCACGGCUCUUUGACGAGCCACAGCUUGCCAGCCUUUGCCUUGAGAACAUAGACAAGAACACUGCAGAUGCACUCGCUGCUGAGGGCUUCACUGACGUUGACCUUGACACGUUGGUGGCAGUAUUGGAGAGGGACACACUCGGGGUGCGGGAGGUGUGUCUGUUUGGAGCAGCGGUGCGUUGGGCUGAGGCUGAGACUCAGAGGCAGCAGCUGCAGCCCACACCAGAGAACAAGAGACGAGUGUUGGGCAAAGCCCUCGGCCUCAUCCGCUUCCCACUCAUGACCAUAGAAGAGUUUGCAGCAGGUCCAGCUCAGUCAGGCAUACUAACAGACCGGGAGGUGGUCAGUCUGUUCCUGCACUUCACCGUUAACCCCAAACCUCAUGUGGAGUUUAUUGAUCGGCCACGUUGUUGUCUGCGAGGGAAGGAGUGCAGCAUCACACGCUUCGGCCAGGUGGAGAGCCGCUGGGGAUACAGUGGGACCAGCGACCGCAUCCGGUUUUCUGUCAAUCGCAGGAUAUUUGUGGUGGGAUUUGGGCUUUACGGCUCCAUACAUGGUCCAACUGACUAUCAAGUCAACAUCCAGAUCAUUCACACGGACAGCAACACAGUCUUGGGGCAGAACGACACUGGCUUCAGCUGUGAUGGCACAGCUAAUACCUUCCGUGUGAUGUUUAAAGAACCUGUGGAGAUUCUCCCUAGUGUCAACUACAUUGCCUGUGCAACACUUAAGGGACCAGACUCCCACUAUGGGACAAAGGGUAUGCGCAAAGUCACUCAUGAAGCUCCGGCUACAGGUACUAAGACCUGCUUUACCUUCUGCUACGCUGCGGGUAACAACAACGGCACAUCGGUAGAAGAUGGACAAAUUCCCGAGCUCAUCUUCUACACAUAAUGAUGGAUGUGGAUGUUUGAUGUGUGUGGACUUCACUACUUGUUCCUUUUUCAGUGAACUGCUCUGGUGUACACAUCAGCAACCAAAUAAUUUGUUUUUAUUUUUUUUUUUGUCUGAGCAUGAGAAAUCUAUAACAUACCCAGUUGUGCAUUGGGUAUGGAUGUUUCUUUUUUUUUUGUUUUUACCUGUGUAGCACCUCAUUGUAUAAAGCUGGACCUAUGACCAAAUUGUGACAUUUGAUUGGUCAGAUUCUGUCAAUAGAGCUUCAAUGCUCAAUAACAGAGUCAUGUCAGUUUAGUUUAGUGUUAAACGGGUCUGAACUGGGUCCAUAUUUUGGCUCUAGUAAAUGUUUAGAGGUUCUGAGUUGCACUGACGCACUUUUGACCCAGACGCAUCUGCAAAACGUGUUUGGGCAAAAUACACUACCAUUUGUUUAAAACAGACUGUUAUGUUUUCUGAGGCAUAAAAAUGUUGAAAAUAGUGGAAAAGUAUGUUUACAAGGAAUGCUGAACUGUAAAUGCCCUUGAUAAUAUCCAGUACAAAUUCCAAUGGAGCACAUGCAUUCAAAAUGCUAUUCUACUAUUUUGAACUGAAUAAUGAGGAUAACCUAAAUGAAUGUAUAUCGACUUCCCAAUCUGUGUACUGCUUAUGUGCUUUGUUAUUGUACAAGUGCUGUAAAUACAUCAUGUAUGUUCAAUUAAAGUCUGUACACUUAGUGUGCUUCAGUAAGCAAUGCAUGCUCACUUGAUUUAUACCUGAUCCUUUUACAGGUCAUAAGAGUUUCAAUCAUGCCAAGUCAAAUCGAAAUAUCUUUGGGUUCAUUCACUCAAAUGAUACGGACAUGGUUUCUAUUGGAAUAUAAUUGAUAUCUAUGAAGUAGACAAGAUCUUGAACAGAAGCAAAUGCUUUUCUACUCAACCAUGCCCCACAAAUAAAAUGCUGUUAAGCCAUCUUAAAUUAAUUUAACUAUUAAUUAAAAAUUAAAUAAUUUAACUACAACUAGAAGACUAGUCAAAAGCUGGUACAACUUCUAUUGUUGCCUGAUUAUAGGUUUGUUAUACCAGGUACUUGACUAUUUCCUACCUACUGUACACAAUAAGCAGGAGAGAAAGAGAAAAAAGGUACAUUGUUCAGCCAUGCAACGCAAGAAAACAAAAUGUUUUAAUUGAAAAUAAAACACAGGAUGCAAGAUACAGGAGUUGAUCUUUGUAUUUAAUACCAUUUUUAGCCACAUGUGUAAGCCAUGGCAUAAGUAUCGAAUAGCCAUGAAUUGACAGAACAUAGCAAUGUCCAGACAACACAAUUUCUCUUAUUAAUAUGUUUAAGUUUAUCGAUCGCAUAUUUUUGGCAAGCAAUAGUGCUCAUGAUGUUCUGUACAGUCCAGUCCCUCUGUGGGAAUGUGAGG